AAUGCAUAUAAGUCAGUCAGCAAAAUGGCGUCGGUGGCCAUUUCCACGGCGUUGAAAAAAAUAACAGAAUUAAGGGUUGUGGACCUUAAAUCCGAGCUCAAGCGACGGAAUUUGGACACUUCGGGUAUUAAGAGUGUACUUCUCGCCAGAUUGAAGCAGGCUAUUGAGAGUGAAGAUGCAGACUCUGGCAGUUUUGAGGCACAGGCUCCAGUAAGCACAUCAACUCGUAAAAGUGGAAAAGGCAAAGGAAGGAAAAUUGAGUCAGACUUGGACACUACCACGGAAGAUGAGAUGCCUUCUAAGGAAACAGAAGAGUAUGAGUCAGAGAAAGAUGUAACAGAUACAGAUGAAGGUACACGAGAAAAUUGUAAGCCUGCGCUCUGCGAGGACAACCUCUCUCAGCCCGAGAGCAUUGCUGAGCCGGAGGUUGAGCCGGAGACAGAAGCCGUGGUCACCGAGGCCGAUUCAGAGCCAGAAAUGGCUGAUGCUGACACAGAUGCCGAGCCAGAGGUGGACGCAGAUGUUGAGCAAGAGGCUGAGGCAGAUGCCGAGGCACAAGUCGACGACGAGGCAGAAGGAGAGCUGCAGGACGACGGGGGGGCCGAGCCCGAGGUUGACGGAGAGGGCGAGCCCGAGGUUGACGGGGAGGCAGAGCCCGAAUUGGAGUCUGAAGAAGAGAUGGCUGCCGAAGCCAUGGAUUCCUCGAAAGAAGCUGAGGACGAUCACCUGUCUGUGUCGAUGCAAAAUGAAGACGCCAUCACGUUAGAUGUUGAUGGCGACGAUCUUCUGGACACAGGUAAACAUGUGAAACUUCCAGAUUCAGAGGCCGACAAGGGCAACGAUGAGCCUGAGGCCUCUGCCGAGAUGGGCAUGGAUGAUGAUAUGAAGAUUCAAGCCAGAGAUGGCAAGCAAGAUGGCGGAGCCUGGGGCGAGCCCUCAGAGGACAGCAGAGAUGCCACGAAGAAAGCUGAAGCUGGAGAUAAAGAAAAGGAUUCUGGGAAGAAAGGCCUCUCGUCCACAGGGGUAUCAGGUCAAGCAAAGAGCUCUUCACGAGACAGAGAUGGAAAAGCUGCAAAGGAUGAUAAGGUUGUCGGUAGCAGCAGCAACAUCAGCUCUUCCCAUAACAUUUGGGUGAGUGGCCUGUACUUCAACACCAAAGCAGCAGAUCUGAAGAACCUCUUUGGCAAAUAUGGCAAGUUCUGUUGUGGACAGGUUUUAAGUGCCAAGGUCCUAACAAAUGCCCGCAGCCCUGGCUCAAAGUGUUACGGCCUGGUGACAAUGUCUUCCAGUGCAGAGGUGACACGUUGCAUCUCUCAACUGGACUGCACUGAGCUUGAUGGACAGCAAAUAUACGUUGAAUGUGCCAAAAAUCACCCCUUCAAAAAAGAAUCCUCAAAGAAUGAAUUAGAUGACAAAGCAAGUACCGGCAAGUCAAGUGAAAAGCGCAGUUCCACUGGGACCAAGUUGUCUAACAAAUUACAGCAACCUUACAGAAAAGAAGAGCAAUCUGGGGAAAAGGACAAAGAUUCAUCCAAGGACACCAAAAGUGCCAAAUCUGAUUCAGGUACAUCAAAUUCUGUCCAAGGUUCCUCAAAGAGAGAUGACAGAUCCUCUGGACGGUCAAGAAGUCCAGGCGGUAUGGUGCAGGGGGAUCAGACUAAAGGAAAGUCGACUUUUUUCAAAAUGAGACCUUUAAGAAAAACAAGAUAUUUUGAGAAGCCUUUUGUUCACAUGCCCAUGCAAAGACGUCCCAAAUGGCUGUUACCCCCUGAAGAGCUGGAGAUGAUUAAACGCAAACAGCAGUUGGUCAAUAAGGAGGGUGGCUUUGUUCCUUUUGCGAAGAUAAAAGAGCAGAGUAUGCGGGAGCGGAUGGAGCGUGCUCGUAGAGCCCCAGAGAUGCGCAGGCACCGCGAAAUGGCUGAACAGGCGCGCCAUGAGCGGGAGUGCGAAGAACGUGAGAACCUCUUUCGUGAACGUCAGAGACUAGAGAUGGAAAGACAAAAGCUGGAGAGGGAGCGCUUUGAGAGGGAGAAGCUCGAAAGGGAGAGAAUCCGAAUAGAGCAAGAGCGGUGGAAAGAGGCAGAACACAUUGCCCGCCAACAGGAGCUCAGACGACAGCAGGAGCACCUCCGCUAUGAGCAAGAGAAGCGAAACUUCAAAAGAGGCCGUGAUGUCGAGCAUGGUCGGAGAGAUAAUACAUACUGGAAUGGCAACAAGAAGAUUCAGUCCGAUGCGUCCGAUGCUCGUCUCAACCAAGGUGGCAACUUCGAACGACAGCAGAACCGCUUUUCCAACUUCAACCAACGCCAGAGGGGCCGCUUCCCACAGGCCGCUGUCGAGCAGAGCAACACAUUUGACAGGCGCAACCGUUUCGACGGAGAGCCAGAAGCAAAGAAGAGCCGCCCCUCUCUUCAGCGAGAGGGCGCCGGCUUCGAGCGCUACCCCAAGAACUUCGAAGCGGUGCGCCGGGCCGAGCCGCCUCCUUCGCGCACUGCCCUCCGCGACACCGACCGCAGGGAUCGAGAUGAAAGGCGACCCAUCCAGGUGCAUGAUCGGCCGAUGGGAGCCAGGAUGUCCGGCGUGUCCCACCCCCGCUCUCCCAGGGACGGGGGCCACACCUGGAAGAAUAACGCUGACAUGAAUGCCAACAAGGGCGAGUUACGUGGACCCAUGCGAAUUCGUACGGAGAGGUCGGGCCGAGACGGGCCUGGUCCAGUCCUAAGAGGAGGUUCUUCAGCCAGCCGAGGAAGAGGCUCCUUUAAUGAUCAGGAUGGAGGAAGAGCCAUGGUGAUGAAUGAUCAGUCUUUCAACUCAGGCCGCCGUGUGGUGGUGGAGCGUCACAGCAGGGAGCAGGGCAUGAGGAAGGAGUGGCAAGGUGGCUCGGCUUCCCGAGGCGGCGGCAGCUUCUCCAACAACCGCCGGAUGAGCGACAGUCGUCGCAGCAUGAUGUCGCCACCUUCUGGUCCCUCAUCUGGAAUGAGUCGCAUCGUCCAAAUCACCAGCAGCUCCGUUCCCGGCGGCAGCACCACGGGCGGCUUUAAGACUUUCAAAGGAACGCGGCAGUUCUAAAGUCGACCACAAAAAACUAAAGGAGGCCCCUGUGAUAAGUUUUUUAGGUGGCACGACGAUAGUGGAGGGGUUAACAAUUUUUAUUUUGUACAAAGGUUUUCAUCGUAGGAUUUUUCCUGACAUUUAUGAUUUGUGUGGAAGUUAAUUUGUAUUUAGAAGCUUAUGGUAAGUCUUUGUAACAUGUUAAUAUUCCCUCCAGCUGUCAUUUAUUUUUGUUAUCUUAUUCUAAUGAAGGCAGUUCAUGUCCUCCAUCCCCCACAACUUUUAAAAUAUUUAUCAUGUAGCACAAAAAUAUUUGAUUGCUCUCAUAACUGGUAGUAUGUUUUCUAAAAUUCUAGAACUGUGGAUUCAUAUUUCUGGAAUUAUUACAAGCUGAAAUUUAGUCCACAUGCAUACCUUUUCCUAACUGUCAGUUUAUGCAUAUGUGAAUUAAAUAAAGCUUUCAACCAUGUUAUUA